CCAGACCUGGUUGAGCCACCUGACACGGCUGUGGAAGAAGCCGUUCAUCGUCGACGACGCGCCGGCACUCGCCAUCAACCGUUUGUUACCAUGUCACAGGGCAACACAGCAACACGGGACUGGCUCACGGAGUGGCAGAAGAUCGCGGCUGUGCCCAAUCUGAACCUACCAUUCGAGCAUCUACGCCGUGAGUUCUACAACAGGUCUUGUGCGGCAUUGGCUCUUGGUGAUCGCGAGCAAUACUCAACCUUCGCGGAGAUCAUUGACAAAGCGAGGGAGAUCAUCAAGACCAACAGGUCAGCUGCACACGAGAAAUCAACAUCAUGGCAGCCGACCUAUGUGGAGAAGGUACGAACUGGUCCGCGACAGCUGCACUUCGCUGCAGUCCAGCAGGACARUGGAGAUAACCCAGCAGCCACUCCAGCAUCAAGUGACGGAGAUCAGGUGGCCGCUGUCCAUCCGCGAAGCACCAACAAGUCUCGCAACAAUGGGAAGGCGAAAUCCGCAUCGCAGGCCGGAAAUGGACAGCCAGGACAGUUUCCAUGGGUCAAGUUUGGCUUGACCGAGGCGGAGUACAAGGACUACUUGCACACUGCAGUACCAGCUCCGUUGAUGGACGCCGGAGCAGAGGUUGUCGACCUUCACGCUUUCAUCGCGAAGAUCGACCGCGAGUUCAAGACGCAACGGUACGACGACAUCGACGCACCAUUGCUAUACAUACGCGUUCAGAUUGGAGAGGCGACCUGCAGUGCCUUGAUCGAUUGCGGAGCAUCUCGCAACUACAUCAGCCAGGACUUCAUGGUACGCGUCGGCCUUGGCCCACGUGUCCGGAGGAAGUCCCAGCCUCCGCAAGUCACCCUGGCAAACGGUCAUACGCACAAGUCCAUCGACCGGUGCAUUAACGCUGUCCCAGUGUACUUUGCCCCUCACGCAAGUGAGGCGGUGUCCUUUGAGAUUCUGGACACCAAAUUCGACAUGAUCUUGGGCAUGUCAUGGCUGCGAAGCAAGGAUCACCCGGUGAACUUCUUCAACCGCACCGUUCACGUUCGUGAUCGAAACGGAGUAUUAAUUCCAUGCACGGUGCCUCUUCCUCAUCCUUCGAUCAGCUGCCACGUGGUAUCCGCCGCAAGCAUGCGAGCAUCCAUCAUCAGAGACGACAUCGAGGAGAUGGGGGUGUGUUUUCUCCACGCCCUCCCGCCACAUGACGCUUCAUCUACGGACUCACCUUCGGAUCCAUGCAUCACCGAACUUCUCGACGCCUACAGCGACAUGUUCAAAGGUCCGCACGGAGUAGUACCGGAUCGACCCAUCCGCCACGAGAUCAUCCUCGAGGACGGGACCGUACCUCUGCGCAACUGCAUCUACCGAAUGAGAGAGGAAGAGUUAAGUCUGCUUCGGGCACAACUCGACGACCUUCUAGAGAAAGGCUGGAUUCGGCCUAGCUCAUCGCCAUAUGGUGCUCCUGUUCUCUUCGUCCGGAAGAAGAACAAGGACCUGCGGUUGUGCAUCGAUUAUCGCAAGCUCAACGUGCAGACGAUCAGGAACGCCGGCCCUCUCCCAUGCAUCGACGACCUUCUCGAGCGAUUGGGCGGUGCCCAGUUCUUCUCUAAGUUGGAUCUCAAGUCAGGGUACCACCAACUCGAGAUUCGCAAGGAGGAUCGCUACAAGACCGCGUUCAAGACUCGGUUAGCUCAGGAAGCUUCACGACCAGCCCCUCCCACCCGGACUGUGGUCCCUCCCUCAGAUAGACAGCUUCGCCCUCGCAGGUAAGCUCGGUUCUUCAAGGUGGGGGGGGGCGGGGCAUACUGCGUAGCCACACGGGCCCUGCAGGGCCCGUCCCGGACAUUCAGCCUAAAAGCCUAAAACU